AUGUCCAAUCAACAAGGUUAUUUCAACCAUCCAGCUGGUAUUAGCACUACUAACACAACAGCACAUACUGCCAACACUAAUGGCAAUAACAUUUCUCGUUCAUUAAACGGUGUCAAUAACAAUACGCCUGUUACUCCCAACACUUCGUCUAAUUUUCAAAAUGUAAGUAAUAUGAAGAUUAUUAACGGUAAUAUUGCUAAUAACAAUAACAACUAUAACUAUAACAACAACAACAACAAAAAUAAUAAUAUUCAUAUUAAUAGUAACCCAAAUUUGGUUAAUCAAACAGUCUCCACCCCACAAUCUAGUGUUACUAAUAACCAACCUUCCUUACACCAUACCAAUACAAAUGGUCACAACAAUAAUAGCAGCAACAAUAGAGAUGAUUCUACUAUUGUUGGGUUGCAUUAUAAAAUUGGUAAAAAAAUUGGUGAAGGUUCGUUUGGUGUACUAUUUGAAGGUGUCAAUAUGAUUAAUGGAGUUCCUGUUGCUAUUAAAUUUGAGCCAAGAAAGACUGAAGCACCACAAUUAAAAGAUGAAUAUAGAGCUUACAAGAUCCUUAACGGUACCCCAGGGAUACCACAAGCAUAUUAUUUUGGCCAAGAAGGCUUACAUAACAUCUUAGUUAUUGAUCUUUUGGGUCCAUCAUUAGAAGACCUUUUUGAAUGGUGUGGCAGAAAAUUUUCAAUUAAAACUGUUGUUCAAGUUGCAGUACAGAUGAUUACUUUAAUUGAAGACCUUCAUGCUAAUGAUCUGAUCUAUAGAGACAUUAAACCAGAUAAUUUCCUUAUUGGCAGAAGGGGCACCCCUGACGCCAACAAAAUCCAUUUAAUCGAUUUUGGGAUGGCUAAGCAAUACAGAGAUCCAAAGACUAAACAACAUAUUCCAUACCGUGAAAAGAAAUCGUUAAGUGGUACUGCAAGAUAUAUGUCCAUUAAUACUCAUUUAGGUAGAGAACAAUCAAGAAGAGACGAUAUGGAAGCGUUGGGUCAUGUGUUUUUCUAUUUCUUAAGGGGCCAGUUACCAUGGCAAGGUUUGAAAGCACCAAACAAUAAACAAAAAUAUGAAAAAAUAGGUGAGAAGAAGAGAACAACAAACGUUUAUGAUUUGGCACAAGGUUUGCCAAUCCAAUUUGGUCGUUACUUGGAAAUUGUUAGGAAUUUGGCAUUUGAUGAAACUCCUGACUACGAAGGGUAUCGUCAAUUGUUAUUAUCUGUCUUAGAUGAUUUAAAUCUUCAAGCCGACGGUGAGUACGACUGGAUGAAAUUGAAUGGAGGUCGUGGUUACGAUUUAACAAUAAAUAAGAAACCUAAUUUGCAUGGAUAUGGGCAUCCAAAUCCACCAAACGAAAAACGUAGACAUAGAUCUAAACAACACAUGGCCUUACAACAGCAACAGCAACAGCAGUUACAUCAAUUGCAACAACAAAAACAACAACAACAACAACAAGGACAAUAUAAACAAAAUGAGGAAUCUAAAUUAGAUCCUACUUCGUAUGAAGCAUAUCAACAACAAACACAACAAAGAUAUGCCCAACAACAACAGAGACAACAACAAAGACAGCAACAAGCUCAACAAGCAGCACAACAAAGAAUAAACUUGAAUAAUAAUGUAAAUAAUAUCGAUAUGAAUAAUAAAACGUACAAUUAUCAGGAACAACCAAACACAGUAAACCAUAACCAUAAUGUAAAUGGCAAUGUACAAACCACUGACAACGAUUCAAGUAAAGGAUUUUUCAGCAAACUAGCAUGCUGUUAA